AUGACGAUCAGGAGACCUCUUGGCAAUGCUGACAAUUGUCCCAAAGGAAAGAAUAAUGACACUAUGUAUAGACCUGUACUGCAAAAACCUGCAUGUACUUGUUCCACUGUGCAAGUUCAUCACUCUCCCAAGAAACCAGAGGAUCAGUCCGAUACUGGAAGAAGUGCUGAUAGAGACUGGCCUGAUUUCGUUUGCGGUGCUGGUGCAGCAGCCACAAAUAUUAUCGUAACUUUUCCCGCCUACAAAGUGAUGUUUCGACAGCAAGUGGAAGGAUUAAGAUUUCGCAAGGCGUUAAGACAGGUCCUAAGAGAAGGUGUUUCAAACCUUUAUCGGGGAGUUGGACCUCCGUUGAUGCAAAAAGGGACUUCAUUAUCUAUUAUGUUUGGCGCCUACCACAAGUUUCAAAAAGAACUCUCUCGGAAUUUCACUGGCAUGGCUUCAGUUACGACAAAUGCCUUGGCCGCAAUGCUAGCUGGAACUAUGGAAGCAAUCUUAACGCCAUUUGAACGAGUGCAAACGUUACUGUCUCAUCGUGGCCAUAAUGAGAGGUUCGUCAACACAUUUCAUGCGUUUAAGGUUGUAGGGAUGCAAUAUGGUUUCCGUGAAUAUUACCGUGGUCUCACGCCUAUACUGUGUAGAAAUGGACCUUCUAAUGUGUUAUUUUUCGGCCUGCGGGGUCCAAUAAAAUCCAUGUUACCUGAAGCAAAGACUAAUAUUGGCAAUGCAGCCAAUGAUUUUGUGAGUGGAGCAGUUUUAGGAGCUUGUCUGAGUACUUUCUUCUUUCCAGUUAAUGUUGUUAAAAGCCACAUGCAAAAACAGCUUGGUGGAGAGUUCGUGAGCUGUCUCAGAGCUUUCACUGUGGUUUUCAAUGAGCGGGACAGGAGAGUACGGCGCUUGUUUUAUGGAGUACCGCUCAACUACACAAGGGCUUUAUUGUCUUGGGGAAUGAUCAACUGUACGUAUGAACUUUUGAAGAAGUUGAUUUGUUAUGGAAAUUUUCUUAGUAACAAGAAAUAUGCAAAGACAUAGUUAGCAUGAUGUGGGUUGAU